UUUAAGCUAACCUAUAUAUAUAAAUAAUAUUUUAUCUCGGUUCUUGUAGGUAUAUGCUAUUUUUUCAGCACAUAGCCUAUGUAAUCUCAUCUCUUUGCUUGCUUCUCCAAUCUUUAAUCCAUUCUUAAUGGAAACCGUUUCUCUCUCUUCUCACAAUCUUCUUCUUCUUUUUAAACACUCUACUUCAUCAUCAACAUCUCCACUACAACACCAUCACCAUCAUAACCUAAUUUACCACCGCAAUAAAACCAAAUCCUUUCAAAACCCCACUACAAAAAAACCAUUUUUUCACCAACCCAAUUCCUUAGUUUCUCACAAUGAUACCAAACACUCUUCUCUACCUUCAUUGAUGUUAUACUAUGCCGAAAAUGCCCUCUUUCAUCAAUCCCAAACCACAUGGGAACAACUCCUAAACAGCUCCUUCAACCCCUCUCUCAAUUUCAUUUCAAAAUUAUUCACAUCCUACACAAAAUAUCACAACUUUGAUCUAAUCAUCAACGUUCUCCAUUCUCUAAAUUCAAAAAAUUCAACUUUAUUACCUCAAUUCUACUCAUUAGCAAUCUCCUGUUUUGGAAGUGCAGGAAACCUAAAAUUGAUGGAAGAAACAACCAACGAAAUGGUUUCAAAGGGUUUUCUAAUGGAUUCCAAAACAGGUAAUGAAUUUCUCUUAUGUUAUGCUGUUUAUGGUAGUUUGAAAGAAUUGGAGAGUGCUUAUGGAAGGUUCAAGAGAUCUAGGUUUUUGAUUGAGGUAAAUGUGAUUAGGGCUAUGGCUUAUGGUUAUAUAAAGAAGAGAAGAUUCUAUGAAUUGGGUGAGUUUGUUAGAGAUGUUGGUUUAGGUAGGAGAAAUGUAGGGAAUCUCUUGUGGAAUCUUUUGUUGCUUUCUUAUGCUGCUAAUUUUAAAAUGAAGAGUUUGCAGAAGGAGUUUGUUAGCAUGGUUGAAUUAGGGUUUCGUCCCGAUGUUACGACGUUUAAUAUUCGCUCAUUGGCGUUUUCGAGGAUGUCGUUGUUUUGGGAUCUUCAUCUUAGUAUUGAACAUAUGAGAAGUGAAAAGGUUGUUCCUGAUUUGGUUACUUAUGGUUGUGUUGUGGAUGCUUACUUGGAUAGGAAGCUUGGAAGGAAUUUGGAGUUUGUUUUGAAUAAAAUGGAUGUUGAUGACCGGCCGAGAUUGGCGACGGAUCCGAUUGUGUUUGAGGUUUUAGGUAAAGGCGACUUUCAGUUGUUUUCGGAGGCGUUUUUGGAGUAUAAGAGAGAAGAAGAGAAAUGGAGUUAUAGGGUUUUGAUAGAGAAAUGUGUUAAGAAACAUUAUAGGAGGGACCAGAUAUUUUGGAACUACUAAUACUUGUGUGCAGAGAAGAUGAAAAGAGACUAGAAUCUAAGGAGAGAAUGGUAAAAAUUUGCCGAUUUUCGGUCGAGGGUGUAAUGAUAUAUGGCAGAUUGAGCAGAGCAGAAAGGUAUGUUGAUGCAGAAAGAGUGCAACCUGUGAUGGUGGCAUUGGAUGGAAAGGUACUUAGUUGGUAUCAAUAAUGAGAAUUUCUUGCAAAUCACAUCCUUGUUGGGGAGGUUAUAGGUUGCUGUUGUGUAGAGACUUCAACUUUCAAUGACCGAAUUCAUUUGAGGUGUUGUUAAGUUUGAAACAAACAGAAUCUGUAGAAGAUUUAAUUGAAAGUUGAUGAGGUAUGGAGAAGAUUAUGGUUUAAAUAAAUCUACUAUGGUGUAUGGAAGUGUUCAUCAUGAAAUACGGAUCUCUCAGCUUAACUAGAGAGGUUCUUGGUUCGAACUAAAUAUUGAGCACGCAACAAUAUUAAAUUCUUUUUGCCGUCUCGAACAAUUAGUCUCUGCAAGAGGAUACUCGAUUUCUCAGCAUUAAAAAUGUUGCUUAAUAUUGAGAAACUGUUGUUUCAAGGUUGAAGUAGUAUAAAAUGAGUAAUUGAAUCGAGUAUAUCAUGUUACUAGUUGGGUACUCCAAUGAUUAUGUAAUUUAUCCAC